AUGUGGCCGCUCCUCAUCAUGAGCAGGACGCCGGCCCUCUUCGCGCUCCUAUCUCUCCUGCCCCUCCAAUUGGUGCAAGCUCUGCCACAAGCAGCGAGCGCUGCAAGUAGCCCACUGCCCACUGCAACCGCUGUAGUGCCUGGACUCAACUACGUCGCCAAGCAAGCUGGGAAGCUCUACUUCGGUACAGCUACUGACAACCCGGAGCUCAACGACACUGCCUAUGAUGCAAUCCUGGACAAUAAUCUGCAGUUCGGCGCGUUGACUCCUGCGAAUACCAUGAAGUGGGAAUAUUCGGAGCCUGAGCCAUUUGUUUUCACAUUCGAGCAGGGUGAUGUGAUCGCAGAUCUUGCGCGUGCCAAUGGCAUGCUGCUUAGAGGCCAUAACUGCGUCUGGUACAAUGAGCUGCCAGCUUGGGUGACUGCCAACAAUUACACCGCAGCAGAGCUUGCUAUAAUUGUAGCAGACCGCUGUGCGACUCUGACGACGCACUAUAGGGGACAAGCCUAUGCUUGGGAUGUCAUCAACGAACCAUUCAAUGACAACGGGACGUACCGUGAGGAUGUCUUUUAUAACACUCUUGGAACGAGCUACAUCCCGAUCGGUCUGCGAGCGGCUCGCAGCGGAGACCCGAACGCCAAGUUAUACAUUAACGAGUAUAAUAAUGAAUACAUUGGUCCUAAGUCGACUGCCCUGCUAAAUCUGAUCAAAGAGCUGCAGGCCGACGGCGUGCCCAUCGAUGGCGUUGGCUUCCAGAGCCACUUCAUCGUCGGCGAGGUGCCCACCACGAUGGUCGAAAACCUGGCGCAGUACGCCGCGCUGGGCCUCGAGUUCGCCAUCACGGAGCUCGACAUCCGUAUGCCGCUCCCGGCGACGGCCGAGAUGCUGGAGCAGCAGAAGGCGGACUACAACUACGUCGUGAAUGCGUGCUUGGCGUUCUCGGAGUGCGUCGGCAUCACGGUGUGGGAUUGGACGGACAAGAUCCGGCUGAGAACGCACUAG